AUGGUGCUGUGCCUCUUAGCCGCACCAGCAACCGUCCAAGCUGAGAAGUCAGUCAUUGGAUGCGAAAUUUGUGAAUGGUUGGUCGCUACUGCUGAAGGAUUUGUGAACAAGACCAAGCCACAAAUUGAACAAGAAUUGUUGCAAAUUUGUGCCAAGUUGGGUCCAUAUGAACAAAUUUGCGACCAACUUGUCUUGAUGGAAUUGCCUGAUAUCAUUGACCAAAUCAUUGCUAAGGAACCACCAGCAAUCGUUUGCUCUCAAGUCAAGAUUUGUAACGGAUCUGCUAUGGCUGUUGCUGCUCCAAAGGCUGAAAACAGCGGUAUCUGCAACAUGUGUCAAUUGCUCGUUACUCAAGUUGAAAAUUGGGUUGAAAGCAAUGAUACCAUCAUGACCUUGGAAAAGAAGCUCGAACAAGUCUGCUCUGUCAUUCCUGGACAGUACUCUGCUCUCUGUACCUAUGCUGUUGAGCAAUACUUGCCAAUUUUCAUUCAUCAAGUUGAGAAGCAAUUCCCAGCUUUGACCAUCUGCCAAGAUGUUCACCUCUGCUCCUCCGCUCAAGCAGCACCAGUCGUUCAACAACAACAAGCUGCCGAGUUGUGCCCAAUCUGUAAGGCUGCUGUUGGAUUCUUGAAGACCAAGAUUAACAAUGUUGAUGUCAAUGCUGUCAAGCAACAAUUGGAAUUUGCUUGCUCCUUCUUCCAAGUCCCAGAUUGUCAACAAAUUGUUGAUAAGGCUGCUCAAAUUGCUCAAGACCUCCAAACUGAAGAUGCUCAAACUAUUUGCAGCACUGUCGUUGAUGUCUGCCCAAAGCAACAAGUUGUUACUUUCAAUCCAUUCAAGAAGUUCUUGGAAGCUAAGGAUAGCAAGUACUGCCCAACAUGUCUCCAAAUUACCAAGUAUUUGGAAGAUUUGAUUGUCUCUGAUAUUACUGUUAACGAAAUUAUCAAGUUGGCUGAUGCUGGAUGUGCUCGUUUGGGUGCAUUGGAAUCAUUGUGCAAGAAGUUUGUUCCUCUUGCUGUUGAUGAGUUGAAGAAGUUGCUCUUGGAAAAGUUGCCACCACAAAAGGUCUGCUCCACUUUGAAGAUGUGUGAUGCUGCUGAACUCCUCAAGCUCGCUCUUGCUCCACAAGCUGCUGAUGGCACCAUGUGUCUUGCUUGUGAAUAUGUUAUUAGCGUUGCUGACAAUUGGUUGAUUGCUAACAACACUCAACAAAGUGUCAAGAAUACCCUCGACAAGGUUUGCCAAGAAUUUGUUCCAUCCAUUUAUCAAUCUCAAUGCAUUGCUUUGGUCAACCAAUAUGAAGCUCAACUCAUCCAACUCUUUGAAAGCAAGGUCUUCAACCCACAAACUGUCUGUAAGGCUAUUGGUGUCUGCUCCUCUCAAAAGAUGAACAGAAUCAAGGUUUCAAAGAUUAAGAUGAACUAA